UGCUAUGGGUCGCUAUGGGUCGCUGUGGGGCGCAGUGGGGCGCAGUGGCGCCGCCCCGCCGCAGCCCCGCCCGCAGCUCCUGCAGGCCGCGGCCAACCGGCGGCAGCGCCACACCGGGCAGCUCUCGGCGCUCAGCACCGCUUUGACGCUGGGCGGCGCCUGCGCCAGGAUCUUCACCUCCGUGCAGGACACGGGGGACGCGCUGCUGAUCCUCACCUACGUCGCGUCGGCCGCCUGCAACGCCUUACUUAUGGGGCAGAUCCUGUAUUACGGCCGCGCUGUGGGGCGGCCCCAUAGCAAGGCGGACUGAGCCCAGACCCACAGCGCCGCCCCGCAGCACGCUGCUAUGGGGCUGCCCCAUAGAUCUGUGGGGCACAAGGUGGAGGGGGGUGUGGGCACAGAGGGGCCUCAGGGAUGCAGUGUGCUAUGGGGCUGCCCCAUAGAUCUGUGGGGCACACAGAGGGUCCCGCCCCCAAUCCAUGGAGGAGCGCUGUGCUGUGGGGCUGCCCCAUAGAUCUGUGGGGCACGAAUGGGUGUGGGGCACACAGAGGGGCCCGAGGAUGUGCUGUGCUGUGGGGCUGCCCCACAGAUCUAUGGGGCACAAAGCGGGUGUGUGGGGAGGGGGAUGCGCUGCGCUAUGGGGCUGCCCCAUAGAUCUGUGGGGCACAAAGCGGGUGUUUGUUGUUCCCCUCCCCCCGGCCCAUGGAGGAGUGCUGCGC